CUACAACUCUACUUCACCACGUCUCAUAUCAAGUUUUCUAAUACUUAAUCCACCAAAUAACUUCUACUUCGCUUGCUUCAUUAUCUCCUUCAUAUUGUAGUUUUCCGAUUCAGUAAAACCCACUCACACACCUUAAUCAGUUUCUUCUCGUUACAGCUUCAUGGAGACGCCAAAACUCACUCACGUGGUUCUCGUUUCAAGUCCAGGUCUGGGCCAUCUCAUCCCUGUCAUUGAGCUGGCCAAGCGCUUUGUCCUUCUCCACAACUUCAAAGUGACAGUUAUCGCCGUCACUUCCCAAACUUCACCAGCCGAAACGCAGAUCCUCAACUCACUCCUCACACCAUCUCUCUGCCACCUCAUUGAUAUUCCUUCACCAGAUAUCAAUGCCCUCGUUUCCCCAAACGAUGCCGUGGUCACUCGCCUCUGCGUCGUGAUGAGUGAAGCCAAACUCGCCAUCCGGUCAAUUCUUUCCGAAAUUAACCCUCGCCCUUCCGCAGUCAUCGUUGAUGUUUUCAGCACCGAGACCAUACCCAUAGCAAGAGAACUCGAUAUUCUCGGCUACGUCUACAUUGCUUCACACGCUUCGAUGCUCGCGUUGGUUCUCUAUUCGCCGGUUCUGGAUGAACUGGUAGAGGGACAAUACGUGGACCAAACGGAACCGAUCAAAAUUCCGGGCUGCAAACCGGUUCGACCGGAGAACGUGUUUGACCCCAUGCUGGACCGGAACGACAGACAGUAUACAGAAUAUCUGAAAAUAGGAAACGGGGUCCUGCAAAGCGACGGCGUUUUGGUGAACACGUGGGAGGAGCUUCAACGUGAAGAGCUUGAAGCGCUGAGGGAGGGAGGUUCGUUAAGUGAAGCGCUAAAUAUGAAGAUUCCCGUGUACGCUGUGGGACCUCUCGUGAGAGAGCCCGAGUUAGUAACCAAUUCUUCAACUGAGUCGCUGGUGACGUGGCUCAACCAACAACCGACUCAGUCGGUGGUUUACGUGUCGUUUGGCAGCGGAGGAACAUUGUCGUCUGAGCAAAUGAAGGAGCUGGCUUGGGGGUUGGAACUGAGUGAACAGAGAUUUCUUUGGGUGGUGCGCCCGUCCAUUGAAGGAAUUGCUGACGCGGCGUUUUUCACCACUGGGAGUAGCGGGAUUGAUGAGGUGGCUAAGUAUUUGCCGGAAGGGUUUGUUUCGAGGACUCGCGAGGUGGGCCUGCUGGUUCCCGAGUGGGCCCAACAAGUGACUAUACUAGGUCAUCGUUCAAUUGGUGGUUUUCUUUCACACUGUGGGUGGGGCUCCACGCUGGAAAGUGUAACAAACGGUGUUCCGUUGAUCGCGUGGCCGUUGUACGCCGAGCAAAGGAUGAAUGCGGCGCUGCUGGCAGAGGAGCUGGGCGUGGCGGUUGGGCCCAGGGUGUUGCCGACGAAGAAGGUGGUGCGUAGGGAGGAGAUAGAAGAAAUGGUGAGGGAGGUUAUUGAGGGAGUGGAAAGUGUGAAGGGCAAUCGCGUGAGAAAGAGAGUGAAAGAGGUGCAGCAAAGUGCAAUGAAGGCUUUGUCGAAGGGUGGGUCGUCCCUAGUUGCACUGUCUCAACUCGCGAAUAGAAUUUCAGGUUGAAGAGAUGUUUAUGGGGCUAUUCUCUUAAUAAAAGUAGUAAUUAUUACAAGUUGUGUACUCCGUUGUAAUAGUUGAAAAUAUGAUAAUUAAUGGCUUCUGUUGUGUGUGAGAAGAAGUGGUGUUAAUUAGUGAAUAUUAUGACUAAAUAAUCUGUUUUGAUGAA